AGACAAGUGAGGGUGUUUGUUUUGUUUUCCCUUUGCAACAGUCUCUCUCUCUCUCUCCAAAACUCUGAAAUGGAGGUAGUCCAGAAUUCAGCAGGGGAAGUGUUAAUGUGGCUUGCAAACAGGGCCUGAAUUCCUUUUCUCUCUCCUUUUUCCUUGUUUGUGACUUCUGUGAAGGGACUGCACAUCAUUUUGUUCAAACUGUUUUUUCACUCAGAUCUACCUCUCUCUCUCACUGCAUUACCCUGUUUGUAAUUUGUGUUGCUUGUGCUUUGAGGGGGCUGCAAAAUGAGUAAAGACGAGUUCUUGAAGAUCCAGACUUGUGUUCUUAAAGUCAAUAUACACUGUGAUGGAUGUAAGCAUAAAGUGAAGAAAAUCUUGCAGAAGAUUGAAGGUGUAUACACUACUAAGAUAGAUUCAGAGCAAGGGAAGGUGACUGUUUCUGGGAAUGUUGAUCCAAACACACUGAUAAAGAAGCUAAUCAAGAAUGGGAAGCAUGCUGAGAUGUGGGGUGCAAAGCCCUCCAACGGUCACAAUCAAAACCAGCUCAACAACCAGUUCAAGAAUCUCCAAAUCGACCACGGUGGCAAAGGGGGCGGUGGUGGUGGGAGUAAAGGGCAAGGCCAGAAGGGUGGUGGUGCUAACAAUCAGCCAAAGGGUGGCGGUGGAGGAGGCAAAGGAGGAGGAGGUGGUGGUGGGGGAGGCCCCCCUGGGCAUAAUCAACAGCUGCAGCAGCAAUUGCAGCAGUUGCAGCAGAUGAAGGGGUUUCAGGAUAUGAAGAUGAUGCCUCAGUUUAUGAAGGAUGCGAAGAUGCCACCCGGCCAUGGUGGGAAGGAGCAGAAUGCGAAGUCGGUCAAGUUCAAGCUGCCUCAGGAGGAGGACUUGAGCGAUGAUGAUGAUUAUGAUGACGAUGACUUUGAUGAUGAUGACGAUGAUUUUGAUGAUGAUGAGCUCGAUGAGAUGGAUCACGCGGCCAUGAGUAAGAUGAAGGCGGCUAUGGGAGGCGGCCAUGGUGGUGGAGGACCGCAGAUGCCUCCCGGGAUGAUGAUGCAGAACAUGAUGAAUGGCCAGCUCCCUCAGAUGAUGAAGCCCGGUGGCGGUGGUGGUGCUGCUGCUGGGAAUGGGAAGAAAGGCGGGGGCGAAGGUGGUAGCAUUCCUGUUCAAAUGAACCACGGUGGUGGAGGUGGUGGUGGGAAGAAGGGUGGUGGUGGGAACCCGAAUCAAGGUGGUGGUGGUGGUGGUCCGAAGGGGGGAAAGAAUGGUGGUGGUGGUGGAGGCAAUGCUGGCCAAAAUAAAAAUGGGGGUGGCGGUGGAGGAGGAGGCGGAGGAAACGGGCACAAUUUCAUGCCUAAUGGGGCCAAGAAAAUGAGUGAUGGACCUCAUGGCAUGCCUAACAUGAUGGCUAUGGGUGGUGGUGGUGGUAAUGUGGGGCCUAUGGGCCAAAUGGGGCAUAUGGGAAACCUACCACCAAUGGGGCAGAUGGGGAACCUUGCCGCCGUGCAAGGAUUGCCCGCGGCUCAUGGUGGUGGUAGUGGUGGUGGUGCAGGGUACUUCCCGGGUGGUGGGCCGCCUGACCAAAUGGCGGGGGGUGGCAACAACAACCCCUACUACCAGCAGCAGCUAGCAGCCAUGAUGAUGAACCAGCAGAGGGCGAACGGGAACGAGAGGUUCCAGCCGAUGAUGUACGCGCGGCCUCCCCCAGCCGUGAACUACAUGCCGGCGCCCUACCCGCCCUACCCGUACCCUCCCCCACCCGGCGAGCGGGCCGACCAGUAUGCCAUGUUCAGUGAUGAGAACACCUCUAGUUGUAGUGUGAUGUGAGGGAGGUUGAUGAAUCAAGAGCUUAAUAGUUCAUAAUUUCUUGAAUUGAUGUUAUAGUACUACUACACAUGGAAAUGUUUUUACUUCGAGUUUGCUUCUCUA